GUAACGUUGUCGUGUUCGAGUAAUGUCACGGCGGCACUUUAUUUCUCAUGUCGUUUUGACAACUCGGUAAAACCAGCAUCCUGCGCCAGUUGAUUACAACGAGCCACUACCGUUUACGAAACAGUUCUGCAGCCUAUCGAUUAAAGGUCAAGUGCAUACAAGAUCUCUGUGUGCACCACUUUUUUCAGACUGCUGCUUGCACGUUUUUUAAAAUCUUGUACUAAAAACGGUGAAAUCAUAAAAUGGCGCUUUCCGUACCGAUGAACCUGCCUGGUCAGGGAAACGUUCCUUACUCCAUUGACAGUAUUUUGGGAUUGCGAUUGGCCAAACAUGAUUUAGUUCCUGCAACCUCCACCGAAGCUAUCGGGAAUUCGAAUCAACGAAAGAAGCACUGCGUGGAUCGCGAAAAGUGCAUAGUGGACUCAGAUGAUGAAAGUUUGUACUCGGAUCUCAGUACGAAAGCACAAGAAGCUCCAAAAUUUCCAGGGAAGUCGCGUAUUGAUUCGGUCUCGUCGCGGCAUCCAGCAGCAUCACAUAAAGCCUCGAAAUCCAGUAAAAAACACCGAAGAAACCGGACAACGUUCACAACAUAUCAGUUACACGAACUGGAGCGAGCCUUUGAUAAAAGUCAUUAUCCCGAUGUGUAUGCCAGGGAAGAACUGGCAAAUCGUGUUUGUCUGCCCGAAGUGCGCGUCCAGGUCUGGUUCCAGAACCGUCGUGCAAAAUGGCGCCGCCAGGAGAAGCUGGAGUCGCAGCAUCUCAAAUUCUCUCCCGAUUUUCCGAUGGGCUCAUUCCGAUCAUCCCCGGCCAGUGCAGCGGGAUUAGCUAACCAUCUGCACGAUCUCAAUGCCGUGGCCAGCGGUAUGGUGCCAUUUCCUUUCGGCAUCGCACCAGCUAAUCCAAGCGAUAUCGCAGCGCCCUCUGCUGCGUCUAACACCGAUGCUGCAACCCUGAUGAAUGUGGGCUCGGCCCGCAAUCCCGUGGCACUGCCGCAUCUCAAUGCUUUCUUUGCGGCUGGCUUCCCGGCGGGUUUUCCGGGUACAACCAGCUUUAAUGAGGGAAGCGAUGUUAGUUCCAGCAUCCAAGUGCUGCGACGCAAGGCCAGGGAGCACGUUAACUUCAUGUCGAAAGAGAUUUUUUUGUGAACUUUAAUAAUUAUCGUACCGUUCUGUAAUACUAUUAUAAAGGCAGAUGUACAGCAGCACUGCUAAUAAUAUCAAACAGAAAUUUACGCACGCACAUGGCGUGCGUACCAGGCUAAUAAUAUUAUGGAUGGAUGCAGUAGUGAAAAUAAUAUCAAUUACUAUGUGGCAGCUAUUGUUAAAGCAGUGCUGUUGUACAAUAUUUACAAGUUAGAUAAACUUAUAGACGACUACUGACAAUUUGUCUGUUUAUACACAAGCAUUACGUAUUAAGACGAUAGUUCGUGUUUCUUUUUCUCGA